AUGGCCCCGAAUCUAGUCGAAGAUGCGUUGGACCAAAUGGUCAUGAUCACGAUGCAGAAUGUGAAGACAUAUUUCGACAAACUGAAAGACACUCCCAGUCUCCAUUUGUAUGGUUGGGUACGGAAUAUGAUCACUGUUUCGAGUACCAGAGCAACGUAUGGACUGCUCAACAACCCCUACAAUGACCCCGAGGUUGUCAAUGGAUUUUGCACGCAAGGCCUAGAAGGGCCGCAGAAAGGUGUCUCGUGCUUUCUCUGCCUAUUACAAGAAGCAUGGCAUCGAAGAGGGAUCCGCAUUGGCCAAAAUGAGAUACAACAAGUCGAUAAAACAGGUACCGUGCCGGCAGUGUUUUGGGCUAUUUUCGAGCUGUUUUCCAAUCCGCAAGUUCUCGCUGAAUUUCGAUCUGAAAUCAAACUCAACGCACUGUCCAUCUCGGAGGAUGGCACGCACACAAUUAACAUCACGGCUCUCAAGGAGCACUGUCCCUUCGCCCUGUCCUUCUUACAGGAAGUUUUACGUUUCCGCACAACUACAAUUACGCUUCGCCACAUUAUCGAGGACACGAUGCUCGGUGACAAGUAUCUUCUCAAAAAAGGAGGUUUGGUCUCAAUCCCAGCGAGUGCCAUCAGGAAGCGUGCUGAUGUAUGGGGAGAUAGCGCCGGGGUGUUUGACCCGCGGCGAUUCCUGAAGGCUGAUCCGGCAAAGGGGCCAACUCGAAAGAACCUCGUCGUACGGGUGGAUUCACUGCAUUCGGUAUUGCGCCUGUCAUUUGCCCCCGACGCCAUUUCGCCAGCACGGAGGUGUUGGGAGUUACGGCCAUGA